GGACCGGAUCUAAAGAUGGUAGAUAAGCACAACCACAAGCAUUGUAUUUGAAUUUGUAUACUACAACAUCAAAGACGAGUACAAGAAGCAAAACUACAUCUAGAACUGCAACAUCAACAAGAGCUACAAUGUCUUCGCCAAUCGAUCCGGUUUUGCAACCUGGCACUCCGCGAACAGAAGCCGAUGGCUGGCCCUUACCCGCAUCCCAAUCCCGUAUUCUAAGACAAAAAGCCCAACAACCUAUCAUUCUAGUGCAACAACCUGGAAUUCCUGCACAGCCUGGAAUUGCAAUUGCACAAUUUGGAGUUGGAACUGGCGCAAGUGGAGCAGGUACAACUGGUGCAUCAAGCGUAAGUGCGGGAACGACUGUCGCUAAUGCUGCUUAUGGUGGUGAUAAAAACGGAACCUCAUCCUCAACAAGUUGCACAUCAAGAAGGCCUGCGCCAACUCCUCUCGGCAAUGGAGGCUUACAUACACCUGUGCCUGUCGGAAGUUCUUGUCAGCCUUCUGGAGUCCAAGCGUAUCGAAUUGAGGUUGUUUCAGCGGCAUCAACCCCUUCAACCACAUUUUCGAGGCCUAGACUAUUCUCACCGAAUGGAGGCGUUCUUGUGACACCGUUAGGCGGGUCGGCAAGUCAAAAAAAUGAAGGAACGUCGCCAACUAAUCCUUUUGGCGCUGAAAAAAAUGGGAGACAGAAGAUGUUAGGGAUUGGAAUUUGGACGCAAAAAUGGCGUGGAUUUUCACGAGGCAUGAUGUAUUAAAAAGUAGUGUGUAGAAGUGGUUCUUCUUAACCCCUGGCGUGGGUACAAUAAUUGAUUUAUUCAUUCCUCAUCAACUAACUUUUUAAUCUUCAUCUCAUCAUGUUGCCAUUUCUAAAACUCGGACAGAUGAGUGCACGGGCGAUAAGUGCACUAACAACUGCUGCUCCAAACUUGCCAUAUAACGGACCUCAAACCUUUACAUUAAGCGGAAUAUCAGAGGAUGGACCGACUUCUGAGGUGAUCGGUGACACGCACACGACGCAGCAACAAAAGCGGAGCAGAGCAGGGGGAAAAGAAGAAGUUGUAUGUUUUUGUCAUUUGUUUUAGAUCGACAUCGCGAUUGUCUUCCUCCUCAUCUGGUUUUUCUCCUCACUAUAAUCUAUCCCGGUCACAGAGCGAUGCAUUGGUUGUUGCUGGUUGUGUUUUGUCAGUCCUUUCUAUUGUACCGCCUACACACUCGCGGCAACUACUGCGAUAAUCGGUAUGCCAUGUGUUUUUCUGCGAGUUCGGUGCUGUAUGGACGAAGAGCAACGGCAUAGACAUGCAGGAGCCAAACACCAAAGGCAGAUGGAGCGUGCGAUGCGUCGUGGACAAAAUCAGUUGAAAAGACUUAGGAGCUGCAUUGAUAUAAAGUUUAUCUAUUUUUAGAUCAAGGAGUAAGCUUAAGGGGCAGUGUGUGUUUGAAGGGGUCUCCUCGAAGAAAUUGUUGCUACAAAAUUCAAACUAGUAUGAGAAGAUAGUAAGAAAGAUUGUAUAUUAUGUGUAUCUGUAUCACUAUCAGAAGUGUAGUCUACUCCUUCUCCACCUUUAAUAUCCAAAGAGCAACGAAAUCUACAGCCGACACGGGGCAGCCUGCUGACCACAACGUGCCACACAGCUCACUGUAUUGGAAUGAUGUCUGCUUCUGCUGCGUCGAUUGUUGUCCUUCUUUUUGCCGAUCCUGCUCUUGCUGUCCUCGUCGCAGGGAUUACGGUAUUCCGAGCUUCGAGAUCAAUCGAGAAGACCUGAAUGGCAUCGAUUUGGUGAUACGUCAAGGCGCAAUUCGGGGGCCAGGCGAAAUUCACCUGGUGGAAGGAACAGCAGUUAAGGUCGAAGAGAUCAGCCACGUGCUCCUCGUGCUCCCUCGAGCUGGAUGGAAGUAGAUAUUCUCAAUAAAUCUUUUAAACCUACAAGAAAAGAAAACACACACACACACUCACACACUCUGCGGUCGUCUAGUUCUAGCUCUUCUAACCCUGACAACAUCCAACCUGAGAUGUUGGUGCAAGCUGCAACUAGUACAGGUCUCGGAGCAGAGGCUCCACGACAACUUGUUGCGCCAGUCGCAGAGGAAAUGACGGAUUUUGCCGGUCACGGCUUGCAUAUUCUGGGAGAAAAUUUAAGGGUGGAUCCUUGACACUAUCUGGAGUGAGGGAUCUAUGAUCCUAAAGGGAUUUCCCUAAUGUUUGACUCACUAUUUGUCUAAUUUGGUGUGCUGAUCAUGGUGUGAGGAGGAGCAAGAAGAAGCAACUGAGACUCACUUCUCCACGAGAGAUGUGGAUGAUGUACCGAAAACUGAAAAUAGCCGAGUUACUGACUGAAAUAAGUGAGGUAGCUUUGGCAGGGCUAUAACCGAGUUACUGACUGAAAUAAGGGUGGUAGCUUUGACAGGGCUACUCUUCCUUGUUCAGUAUCUCGCUUAUUUUCCGUAGUUACUCGCUUAUUUUAGUUUUUCGAAAAACUCGACUUGCUAUCCGUAAACAUUGCAAGUGAACAACUUUCAUGAAGGGAAGACUCAACCACGGACGAUAUGAAGCAAAAGCAAGUGAUGACUAGCAUUAGCUCUAAUACAUGUCCAAGAUUUCUCGACGGGUGAAGCUUUGGGUACCGUGACAGGGGUAGCUGAUGGCUUGGUUGGAAGUCUAGAGGAUAGCGCACUUGCUGGAACUGUGAAGAUAUGGUUUAUUUCGGGUCUUAUCAAAAAAAUUCGUGGACGAUCAUUUUGAUGAGAGUUUCAAGUCAGACUAUCAAAUAAAUCAUCAUCAUGGCGAUUAUAACUUGAUUCCUUGAUUUGAUUUUGAUCUGCUUUUUCUCCAACCAGAAAUCAAUAGUCGUCUCAACGUCAUCCUCUUCUCCCUCUAAACCGCGUAAUAACCACUGAUGAUGGUGGCAUUCUUGGCGUGAUUUUUGAGAAAGCCGGUGAGGCGCCUGCCGCAGCAACCGAAGUUAAGGCUUCCACCCCUAAUGAUCCAUCUCUAUAGUACUAACUAUAGGAAUCCAUCCCUCAGCCAUAGAUAUGACAUACAACGAAGUAGACCAUACGCAUGCGCAUACUGAGGGACCCUAUUUACACUUCAUUCUUGGCGAGAUAUUCAUAUUAUCUUCUUCUUACCUAAAAAAACGGGGAUGAAUCGGAAUUGCAAUUCUUGGGCUAGACUCUAUCUCUAAUGAAGCCUGUGAGGCCUUUUGCGGUGUGAUGGGGGAAGCGACGAGUUUGCUUGGCAAUUGCCUGGACUCUCUUGGCGGGAUCCAAUGUGGCGGUUGCGAUUGCGAUUGUAAUCCCUGUGCAUGCUGUGAUGGAGGCUGCGACUGCGGGAAUUGCGGUUGCUGCUGCUGUGAUUGCGAUAUUUGUUGAACGAGGUUUUUGAAAUUGAAAUUGCCGUUCUUGUUGCUGCAGUCUAUCUCUAUCCAUUUCCAUGUAGUUCAAGUUGCUUGUCUUCGUAUUUUUCAGGAACCACAACCACGAAUCAAUUAUACGGAAAUACUAGUUAGGUCGGCUCCACCACAAAAAAAAAAAUACGGAAAUCAGAAAAUCAUGUAAAGCAUCAUCACUAUUCUCUCGAACUUGAACAGUUCCACGAUGUUAAAGAUAGAUUUUUGGAUAGCUUUGUAGACACCAUGACUUCUGUGACGAAGAAGUAGAAGAAGAAGUAU